AUGGAUUGGUCGGAUCGCGGAUCCGAUACGCGUCCUCUCUUCGCCACCUCGUCGCCUCGCAGCCCGAAGCGCUUCGGCGCUUUCUCUCGUUCCAGAUCCUCGAAGGAGCGAGAGAGGUCGCGAAUCCGACGGUCAGCGUAUCGGUUCGACGGCCUGGGCUCGUUUGAGCGGUUGGAUUGGGACCGGCUGAAGGAAUUCGAGAAGGGACGGUUGCUGGGGAGGCAGCAUACCCCGUCGCAACUACAGCAGGCGACGACGAUUCAGUUGCAACAGCAGAUUCACCCCCACCACCAGCACCACCACCAGCAGGUGCAAUUCCAGAUAUCCCCCCGAGAAUCAGACGCAGCGCGCUCGCCGCCGCCCGCGGACAAUCCUCCCCGUCCGAUUUCCAGCCGAACAGACUCAGCCGGCUCAUUGGACGCCGCAACGGGAUUUUAUCUCCCCCACCCCGCGCUCGCCGUCUCCGCGGCUGUAGCAGACCCCGCCGCGGGCGUUGCUUCCGCGGGAGUAACGCCCGCCGGUACAGGCGCCGCCGCGGGGCUCCUGACGCAGCCAGGUGGCGAGUUCUCGUGGUUCCACGUGGAGAUCCCGCGAUCCUGCCCGUCGCUCUCCGCCGCGGCUCGCCAGCUCAUCACGCAUCUGCACCCUCCGCUGCAGCUGCAGGAGAUCACGACGCUUCUAUCCAACGGUCCAUAUUGCGGCACGCUCGGCGGCGCGCUGUUCGUGCGGAUCAAUUCCCCAGGGCCCAUGGACAGCCCGUACACUUUUAAGAUCGCGGCGCGGAUCACGCCGUUUGGAAUAGUAAGCGUCGCGUUGGGGCCAGUGCCUCGUUUAGAGCUGCAAAGAGAACCAGGAGGACUGUUAGGGUCGGAGGUUGGGUUAGGGUUAGCGGGGCUGGUGGCUAGAUUGCGUGACGACGCUGCCGCGGCUGUAGGGACGAACGGUGCGGGUCCUAGUGGUGGUGCUGCCGCUGGUGCUGCUGCUUCUGCCAGUAGUCUUAACGGAACAGACAGAGGGACAGACGGAGCUGCCGUUUUGAGGAGACGGUCGCCGAAUGCGUCAUUCCGGGCCAUUAACGAGGGCGAACCAGAAACCGCUGCGCUUUCCGUUCUCGUUAAAGACACCAGCGCUACAGUCACGCCCAUUACCAGCACGCCUGGCAGCCCGUCCGAUACGCCCCGCCCGCUCAAAAUCAGCGUAGGGGCAGGGUCAUCCUCGUUAGAGGCUUCCGCGAUAGCAGCCGCAGUAGCAGACGGGAUGGGCACUACAGGAACUAGUGGAGCAGGAGGAGCAACAGUAAGAUUAGAGACUGCAGCCGUUUCUCUCAGAGCGACAAACUCGGAGAUAGAAGAGUGUGUGACAAUAGAGGGGGGUUCGCUUUCCUCCGGCACAACAGAGGGGGGCUUGCCUGCCUGCGGCGCAGGAGUGAGCCACGUGAAGAGCGAGGGGAAUCUGGACCGGAGGGGGCUGUUGCAGGGACUAGGCAGCAGAAGCUUCGGAAUGGGCAGUAAAGGCUAUGCUAGUGAUACAGGAGGGGGGGGAGUCAGAUGGGGAGCGAGUGCAGGUGCUUCUGGGGUAGGUUCUUCUGGGGUGGGUUCUGCUGGGGGAGGUGCAUCUGGGGACGCGGGUGGGGUUGGGGGGAAGCGGAGUGGCGGGGUUUUGGCGCGAGUGGGAAAGGUUCUGGAGGCAAUGACGCCGCGGAGGAGGGAAGUGAGGGAGGUGAGGGAGGAGCACGCGGAUGCACACACGACCAUCGAUGUGGACGAUGCGGUGAGUGCCCCCUUGAAUGCGGAGAAUGUUGUGUGGCAGUGCGCGUUGCUCUAUCAUGUGGGGAAAGUGUGGCAUUGGAUGGUGCCCUAUCAUGUGGGGAAAGUGUGGCAUUGGAUGGUGCCCUAUCAUGUGGGGAAGGUGUUGGGGGCAAUGACGCCGAGGAGGCGGGAGGUGAGGGAGGAAGUGGUGGAUGCACACACGACCAUCCAUGUUGAUGAUGCGGUGAGUGCCCCCUUAAAUGAAGUGAGUGACUCUUGCAGUGCGUGUGGCAGUGCAUUAUGCACCUCUUACCCUUUGCCUUCCCUUCUGUCUCACCUGCUCUCCUCCAGGAGUUGGAAGAGCCAACCAGAGAACUCUGAGUGUCUGAUCCCAGUGACUGGGUUUGGGCUGCUGUUUAGCGUGCCCCACCUCUUACCCUUACAUCCCCUCAUGACUCAUCUUUCUCUCCAGGAGCUAGAGGAGCUGCUGCGGAAGAGCCAUCCAGAGAACGCCGAGGGUCUGAUCCUAGUGAUGCUUCAACACAUGCCCCACCUCUUACCAUUUCCCUUCCUUGAUACGUCAUUUGUCUCUCCAGGAGCUAGAGGAGCUGCUACGAAAGAGCCACCCAGAGAACGCCGAGUGCUUGAUCCCAGUGACAGUGUUUGGGCUGCUGCGAUGGAUGCCCCACCUCUUACCUCUUACCUCCCUUUGCCCCGUCUUUUCUCUCCAGGAGCUAGAGGGGCUGCUGCGGAAGAGCCAUCCAGAGAGCGCCGAGUGCUUGAUCCCAGUGACUGUGUUUGGGUUGCUGCAACACAUGCCCACCUCUUACCUCUCACGUCCCUUUGUCUCAUCUGUUCUCUCCAGGAGCUAGAGGAGCUCCUGCGGAAGAGCCACGCGGAGAACGCGGAGUGUCUGAUCCCAGUGACGGUGUUUACGCUGCUGCAGCACAUUGUGGAGACGCACAUGGAGCACGAGUUGGAAGAGCUUCUGAGGAAAAGCCACCCGGAAAACGCCGAGUGCUUGAUCCCAGUGACGGUGUUUGGGCUGCUGCAGCACAUUGUGGAGACGCACAUGGAGCAUUUAGAGGACGUGGUGGUGGAGGUGGAGUGCAUGCUGGACCAACACGAGAGGGACUUAGACGAAGGAUCUGAUCACCGUCUCCGGUUACUGAAAGACAGAACCUUCCCCAAGCUCCACCUGGACUUGCAGAGAGUGCUGCAGUCGCUGGCUCACGGGGAGGUGGUGCUGCCGAAGCUGAAGGACAGGCUCGUGGCUCGGCACUGGUGCCCCGGACCUGUAGCUUCGGCGGUGCUGGACGGGGCAAUGGCUCGGCUGAGGAGAGGCAAGGAGAACGUGGGGUUCCUGACGGCGCGGAUCACGGCGCUACAGACGGGGCUGGACCAGUGGCAGUCUGAGCAGAUCAACAAGAAGCUUUACUAUAUCUCCUUCCUCUCCAUUGUCUUUCUGCCGCUCUCCAUCAUUACCGGAGGUGAGAGUGCUGUUACAGGAGCCUUUGGCAUGAACGUGGGUGGAGUCCCCUGGGUGCAGCAGACCACCUACCCAUAUGUCACCCGAGGAUUUGUCAAUUCAUGGUUUCACCUCUUUCUCCCCUCCCUCCCUCCCUCCCUCCCUCCCUCCAUCCCUCCCUCCCUCCCUCCCUCCCUCCCUCCCUCCCUCCCUCCCUCCCUCCCUCCCUCCCUCCCUCCCUCCCUCCCUCCCUCCCUCCCUCCCUCCCUCCUUCCCUCCCUCCCUCCCUCCCAGCCUUUGGCAUGA